AGGGAAGGUGCUGCGGCACAGGGCUGGCUGAACAAAACAAAGAUAAAGAAAAGAAAAGAUGCUGCUAAAAGAAAGGUUUGCUUAUCAGUCCGCUAAAGAUCGCAAAUUUGAAAUUGGUUCCAGAGUUGUUUUUGCUUGCAAGGGUUUAAUCCUGUUUCUUAAUUGAAACAAAAGUAUAAAUAUGACAAGUGAUCCGUUUUAUUUUCCUAGAUGAUUGGCUACAACUUAUAAUUAUAUUCUUUAGUUAUGGAGUCUACUAAAUUAACUCAACUCAAGCAAAGUGUCUAUAUCCCACCGGCCAAAAGUGAGGAACCACAAACUGUUCCUCCAUAUCAUCCGUGUCUAAUAGUUCAUGACUCACAUACAGACCUUACUAAGAUCAAACCUUGUGGUUGCUCUUCUGCAUACUGUGUGAAGAACGCUCCUGAAUGGAUACCCAGAGCAAAGCAUUAACAUGCUUUACCUGGUGAUCAACCUAAACUAUAAUAUGCAUUUCUAAGAUUUUUCUUUAUUUCUUGAUCCUCCCUUUUAUAAUUAAUAUAAUAAUUUUACUUGUUUUGUUAACGCUACUUCGUUAACCCGCCA